AUUCAGUCGAUCAAUAAAGUAUUAGUUGUUAGUAGAGAAAAGUCUCUCUUUUAUCGUGUUUUCUAGUUCUUUCACUAAAUCGCUCGAGAUCACCGGUGCGUGAAAUCCCGUUCCGCAUCAAUUGGUAUCAGAGCCUGGUUCCGAGUGAACCAAGCCAGGAGACCAUGCCACCGCGCAAGCAGCCAACGGCACCAUCAUCACCAACCGCCGCCAGCGACGAGGAGCUAGCACUUCAAUUUCAAGCUCUUGUCGGUCAUCAAUAGGCGAUCAUGGCUAGGAUGGAAGCUCAGGAUGCUAUCAACCGCGAUCACGAAGCAGCCCUGGAGCAUCUCCGCAUCGACGUCGGGCAAUUGCAGCGUGGUCAGGAGAAACUUCAGGAUGGACAGGAUCGGUUGUCAGAGGAGAUCCUCACAAUCCUCUGUGAUCCGCCUUGGGAGAACGACGUCAGCGCGAUCCUCGCAAUCCUCCGCGAUCCGCCUUGGGAGAAGAAGGUGACCGAGCCGUCGAAGGAGCUCGACCUUGUCGCUGAGAAAAGAGGUCGCACCAUCGACCAGAUCCUGGCGGCGGAGAAGCUGAAGGCAGUCGCCGUGGGCGAGGAGUCUCACUCUCCACGAGCAGGAGCUUGACACCGACGCCGGGAACGAAGCCUGGAGUGACGGACGAAGCGCCGACUAGGAGUGUGGGGCGCAGCGGAGGGAUCGGUCGCGGAAUUCCCGUCGGAGCUGGCUGGGGAUAUCUCGCCAUCGAUGGCGAAGAGGAGUAGGUCGUUGCCCAAGGGGGGAGGCCACCGAUGGGGCCGACUUCGGAGCACACCAACCGCGGAGCGGCACUUCGUGGGCUAGGGCCCAACAUGGGUGGCCUGAUUGGGGCCCUGCUCUACGGGGUUGGCCUAGGAGAAAUCGAGGGAGACCGAGCUGGAGACAGGCCGUCUGGGCUAGGCGGGCCGGAUCGAGCGGAGCAGUGGGCCAGGGAAACAAACGGGCCCUAUGGACCGGCGGGGUCGAGCGCAUGCGGGCCGGGUCUUCCGAGGAGUGGGUCGAGCCAUGAGUGGCCGCCGAUUGGACCAGGAGCGCAGGGAGCUGGGCCAAGCGGGCCAUGGGCUGCAAGGGCAAACUAGGCCGAGCCCAGACCACCGUUCGGGCCGGGUCAGCAGAGCUUGUGCGGACCCGUUGUUGGUCGACCCCAAACCCGCGGACCAGGCGUGCCUUACUCGGGGGGGGGGGGGGGGGGGGGGCGACUGGGUUAACUCAACCCAUGGGUCAGCUGGGUCACUUCGAACGUCUUCGUUAUGAUUGGCGACUUCAAGGACGAGGAUGGCGGAGAAGAGGAGAAGGAAGGCAACCUCGGGGACGAGGUUGCUUAAAGAGGGGGGUUUGGUGCAUUAUAAUUUUCGCUAGCCACCUAGGAUAUUAUUAUUAUUAUUAUUAUUUUUCUUUCUAAUUAUUAUUAGUUUGGAUAUUCAGUUAUUAUUUGGUUAUUCGUAUUAUUAUAUUAUGUCUUGUCUAGGAAGUUAUUUUUUACUAGUCGGUUUGGGAUUGGGUUUCCUUGUCUUACGGGGAAAGGGAUUUGUGGGACUUAUCCUAUAAAUAUGUACAUUUGCUCUUUGUUUUUAUUCAGUCGAUCAAUAAAGUAUUAGUAGUUAGUAGAGAAAAGUAGCUCUUUUAUCGUGUUUUCUAGUUCUUUCACUAAAUUGCUCGAGAUCACCGGUGCGUGAAAUCCCGUUUCGCAUCAUUACGAUAGUAGUGACAGAUACGAGGAGCCUAUGAGGAAGAAAAGUGAAAAAGUGGAACUCCCACAGCGGGAAAUUCUUCCCAUCAAAGCGCCCCAUCAGCGCCUCAGAUUUGGCAGUAUCCAUGAUAGCAGCCGAGAGAAAGCAAACAAUGCCCUAGCAGUCGAAGUAACCAAAGAGCCAAAGCAAGCAGCCGAAACAAGCACAAGACAGCGAACAACAAGGUAGGGAAUAGCCAAAGAAAUUGAGGAACCAAAAGUAAGCAGCCGUCGGCACAAGAGCAUCCCAAAAGAGCCUGAAGCAGCCGAACAGAAGAGACAAAACAAAUAGCCAAAUACCCAGAAAAGACAGCAGCCGAAAAUAACCUGAAGCAGCCAAACAAAAGAGAAGACCCAGCAGCCGAAUACCGAGAAAAGAAAGCAGCCGAAAAUACACAGAGAUCAAAGCAGUCGGAACUUCACAAGAGAGGCUCUGAUACCAUGAUAAGAAGUUGAAAAUCGAGAAGACAAACACCGGAUUUUACGUGGUAUCCCUGAUAAUCGGGACUAGUCCACGGGAGAGGUAGAACUCUCCAGAGUCAAUAUUAUUCAGCUCAAUUAAUCGUACAAGCUAGCUACAAGGUAUAUAUAUAGGCGGUGAGGUUACAGAGAACCCUAAUCAAUCUAAUUUAGGUAA